GUUUGCGUAUCGGAAGCCCGGCGGGUUCCGAUGAAAGCAGAGAUGAAGGUCGGAUGCCUUUCCUUCCGCCAACCCUACGCUGGGCUGGUUUUAAACCGGAUCAAGACCAUAGAGACUCGCUGGCGGCCGGUGCUCGCCAAGUACCGGAACCGCACCGUGGCUGUUCAUAUCGCCCUUAAGGACUGGGAGGAUGAGUCGUGGAGGGCGAUUCUUUUGGAUAGGUUGGGAAUGACGCUGCAGGAGGUGCAAGAGCUGCUGGAAAAAGGGGAGCAGUUCGGCAGAGGAGUUAUUGCAGGAUUAAUUGACAUUGGAGAGACAUCCCUGUAUCCAGAAGAUUUGCCCCCUGAAAAGAUUUUGGAGCUGGAAAACAAAGCUGUUCUCAGUCAUCUAGAACAGAAAUACUUGACUGUUGUUUCAAAUCCAAGAUGGCUUCUGGAACCAAUCCCUGCAAAAGGGAGCAGAGGAGUGUGGCAGGUCAACAUCCCUGAUGAACUGAUCCCAUCAGAAUCAUAGGAGUUGCCUCACACUGUGUUUUCUUCUGCCUGAAUGCAAACUUCUUGACAGAUCACCUUCUUAAAUACCAGUGAAUUGAACAGAACUCCUUCCAAAAGUAAUUGCAUGAAGAAUUACUAUUUUGAAGAGAGAUAAUCAAGAUCCCAUUUUUCAUGACUGAAAAUGAGUGAUGUUCUACUAGAUGUUUUAUGUACAUGUAAGUGUAAAUAAAUCAUCAUUUUAUAAUG